CGCCGCUCGGGGGAGCGGCCCGUGACGGCGCGGGAGGAGGACGACGAGCUGCCCGACUCCAUCGACGACCGGGAGAUCUUCGAUCUCAUCCGCUCCAUUAACGACCCCGAGCAUCCCCUGACUCUGGAGGAGCUGAAUGUCGUCGAGCAAGUUCGAGUCAAAGUGAACGAUGCCGAGAGCACCGUGGCGGUGGAGUUCACACCCACCAUCCCGCACUGCAGCAUGGCAACGCUAAUCGGCCUGUCCAUAAAAGUGAAACUGAUCAGAUCACUGCCCGAGAGGUUUAAGAUGGAUGUUCAUAUAACACCAGGAACACAUGCCUCUGAACAUGCAGUUAAUAAACAGCUUGCUGAUAAAGAACGUGUAGCAGCUGCUUUGGAAAACUCUCACUUAUUGGAAGUGGUAAAUCAGUGUUUGUCUGCUCGAUCAUAAUUGUCUGAUCAGGAAACUGUUGGUAUUCUGCUGUAUUCAUUUUGUAUAUAAGUGGCGUUGCUAAUGCUACAUGUAUCUAUGAGCAAAAUAAAACUACCUUAAAGAAGUGCUCCAUUACUUCUUCAAAAUAAGAAAAAGUAGUAUGGAGAAAAUUAGCUUGCUGGUAGCUAUAAAGCUGUGAUGUAAGUUGGCUUUUUCUGUUUGUUAAUUAUUGCACUGGUGUGAUUUUUUUUUCAGAACUCUUAAAAAACAUUUGGUUGAACUUGUUUUUAACAGGUUUCUUACUAUCUAAAGACUAGUUAUAAACUGCAUUUUAGAAGUGGAUUUUGUGCACUGGGUUUCACAAAUAUACCAAGUUAAGUAGCAGUUAAGAUCUUUAUACUCAUAUGAUUAUUUUGAACUAAUAGUUUUUCCUUCAAACAUUCUGCACACAUACAAUAUCUUGUGUAUCAGCUAUGUAGUACCUUUAUCAGUUAUUUAGAGAGUAAUUAGUAUAGAGUUCUUGGUUGUUUUUUUUUUUGUGUUAAUUAGACCUGUGAUAGUGAUGCUUUACAUUUCAGUAUUUUUUAUUGGAUGAUCUCAGAUGCUAUUUCAAAAACCUUAUGAAGGACAUUAUGUAGACCACAGCCUGGUGGAACAGGCUAGUCUGUGUUGCCAGGAAACUAAGGCAGUGGUAAACCAAGUGAGAUGGUGAAGCUCACACAUAUACAAGAAAAUAGAACAGAAGCAAAUCCAAAUCUACUCAUUUUAGAAAUUACUCACCCAGUAUACACAGAGCUUCUGUAGAAGACCAACUCUUCAGCAGCGUUUAUUUGCUUAUUUGAUUAGCAUCCUUUGAAUAAUGAGCAUUUGCUUUGAUGUUUGAAUGAAACUGGAAAUAAAAAUAAUAUUUGUGUAAAAUUAAUGCUGAUAAAGGAGUAGAUUGACACACCUGCUAAUAUGCUCUUUGUCUCUCAGGCCUAGUCACUGAACUGAUCAGUCCUGACACUGCCAGCCUUUGCACCACAAAUGACAACUUCAGCUCUGGCAGUACGUGAAAGCAACUCAUAAGCAAUAUGCUUGAUUGAUUUUUUUUUAAUUAUUAUUUUUAAUAGUAAAAUGAAACUUAUCCUUCAAGAUUUUGUGGAAGACAGGAAUGCAAAUAUGGGGGAGAAAUAGAAAGAUGAGUAGGCUGCAACAGAUGUUUGAUGUGCUUUAACCUAUGUAUAAAACAGAAGGAAUUAGUAAAUUUUACUUUAUUUAAUCUGCUUCUUAGCCUUCACAACUGCAUAAUAAUAAUAAUAAAUAAUUUAUUGGAUGUUAGCUCUUGCCUCACAAGCCAUGUUACAGUAAUCCUAUGGGUGCACUUUGCACUGCUUACUUUUUCAGAAAAGCAACGGUAUGUGGUUAGGUUGUUCAUAGUACAUAGUUGAGAGAUGACUUUUCAGUAAAGGGACUUCAUUACAGUGUCAAACAAAAGGUCUGACUCCUGCUACUUAAGGAUGAUUAAUUCCAUAACUUUGGAUCUGGUAUGUUUCUUUAAAUGAUGUGGAUGUUAUAUUAAUUAGGUGAGAGAAACAACAGAAGGGACAAACCAUUGUUACUUGGCUGAAGAUCGCAGCUCCUUCUGCAUGGGGCUCCCUCAGCUUGAGUACUUGCUGAAUGCUAAUGUUUUCAUUUCAGCAAAAAUCUUCCAUUGCCCAGCUUUAAUGAUCACAAGCUAUGGCCUGCUGUAUGAAGAGUAAGUGGGAGAAGAAAACAUUAAUUUGUUACAAGUAUUUCUUCACAGACUACUCUGCCCCUCUGCCCCUCCCCCCCCCUCCCCCCAAAAAAGAAGCCCCCUAACUUUAGUCUCUCCAGUGCUUUGUAAUAGGACACAUUUCAUCAGAAAAUAUGACCCUUUAGAGCAGCUGUGUGGAAUGCAAACAGUCUCGUUCAAGUCCAGGAAAAAUGCCAGAAGCAGACAUCUGUUUCAAACUCCUGGGCUCUGAGAAGAGUCCUCCAGGAGGACUGAAUGGUAUUCAUUCCUCUUAAUCUACAAACACUGUGACAAAACCUCCCUAGAGUGCUGGCUGUGUUGUGUGCUGGAGUAACCUGCCUUGUGUUUGAGCCAGCAGAACAACAUAGUUUGUGUGUCUCAGGCUCUGCUGCUCUGCACAUACUCAGGCCUGCACACACAGAUCUACUUCCUGGGAGGAAACAGACUUCUUUCUAGCUACUCUCAUGCUGUCAUUGUUGUCCAGUAGUCUGCAAUUUCUGAAGACUCAAACUCAUUAUGAGUGGCAACAAAGCAGCUCAUAAUGAGCUGCAGUUUCAUAUCCAGAGAUGCUAUUGAUCUGUUCCUGGAAGAAGUGACAAGAAGAGCUUUGCAUGUCAGUGGACAAUAUUUCUUGUGUUUUCCUGCAUGGAGUGAUGUGUACUACACAUUGGCAACAGUUAAUUAAAAAAGAAGUUAUUUUAGUUU